GAGUAUCGUAACAAAAAGAGAGAGAAAAAUAGGAAAAGUAAGAAAUUUUCCGCAGACUUCAACACAGUCCAUAUCUAUAGACUCUCACUGUCCAUUUCUGGAUUCUCUCAUGAUUCAGUAACAAAGAUAGCUAAAACAAGAAGAAAAUUCAUAGUAAUUUAAAGCAAAACUUUUGGUGGAAUCGAAGCGGAAUAUUUCAUGGCUGCGUGAGAUAGAAAUGGGGAAGACUUACUCGGCGAAUCCGAAUGAUUACAAGCUUCUAGAAGAGGUGGGAUACGGCGCCAGCGCAACUGUUUACAGAGCGAUCUAUUUGCCUUACAAUGAAGUGGUGGCGGUUAAGUGCUUGGAUCUCGAUCGAUGCCAUAGCAAUCUGGAUGAUAUUCGCCGGGAAGCUCAAACGAUGAGUUUAAUAGACCAUCCUAAUGUCAUAAAAUCUUUUUGUUCAUUUGUUGUUGACCGCAACCUUUGGGUGGUAAUGCCUUUUAUGGCUGAGGGGUCUUGCCUACAUCUCAUGAAGAUAGCAUAUCAAGAAGGGUUCGAAGAAUCUGCCAUUGGAUCUAUCCUGAAAGAAACUUUGAAGGCUUUGGACUACCUUCAUCAUCAUGGCCAUAUUCAUCGUGACGUUAAGGCUGGAAAUAUAUUGAUGGAUAGUAAUGGUGAGGUGAAGCUUGCUGAUUUUGGUGUUUCAGCCUGCAUGUUUGACAGAGGUGAUAGACAGCGUUCGAGGAAUACCUUUGUAGGCACACCAUGCUGGAUGGCUCCAGAAGUGUUGCAGCCAGGAACUGGAUAUGAUUUCAAGGCUGACAUUUGGUCAUUUGGAAUAACUGCACUGGAGUUAGCCCAUGGACACGCACCAUUUUCCAAAUAUCCUCCAAUGAAGGUUUUGUUAAUGACCAUACAAAAUGCUCCCCCUGGACUUGAUUAUGACCGUGAUAAGAGGUUCUCUAAGUCCUUUAAAGAAAUGGUUGCUAUGUGCUUGGUAAAAGAUCAAACAAAGAGACCAACUGCAGAAAAGUUGUUGAAGCACUCAUUUUUCAAGAAUGCAAAGCCUCCUGAACUCAUUGUUAAAAAGUUGUUUGUUGACCUGCCACCACUAUGGAAGCGCGUGAAAGAUCUACAGAUCAAAGAUGCUGCACAACUUGCUUUGAAAAAAUUGCCUUCAGCUGAAGAGGAGGCUAUAUCUCAGAGUGAGUACCAGCGAGGAGUAAGUGCUUGGAAUUUUGAUGUUGAGGAUUUGAAGUUUCAAGCAUCAUUGUUGCUAGACGAGGAUGAAAUACAAGAAAUCCAAGAAGAAGCAGACAAUAUAAGAUCUAAUUUGAGCCAAAAGAGUGCAUCUGAUUCUGUACCAAAACCAGCAGUCCACAAUAUUGACAGUGAAAAGAUAAAUGGUGAUGAGCUGCUUGUAGUUGAGAACCUUACAAAUAAGGGACAGACAUAUGAAAGUGGCAUCAAAGAGUUUGACAAUAACAAUAAGGCAAAAAUUGAUAUGAAGAAGAGCAAUUCAAAAUCUGAGCUGCCAGCAUCACUCGUAGAGAAUGAAGGAGCUCAAGCCAAGAAUAAAAAUCAGACAGGCAGAGCCCGUCAAACUCAAAGUGGACCACUUGUGCCUGGUAUGGUGCUAAGUAAUUCACAGUCAGAAAGAGCUCGAAAAUUUGAAAGGUAUGAAAUUGAUAACCACUUAGUGGCUGAUAAGUCCCAGCAAGUGCGAAGAGCACCCAGUUUUAGCGGUCCUCUAAACCUUCCGAACCGAGCUUCAGCAAACAGUUUAUCAGCUCCAAUCAAAUCUUCAGGAGGUUUCAAAGACACAUUGGAGGACAAAUCAAAAACGAAUUUGGUACAAAUAAAAGGGCGGUUCUCCGUGACGUCCGAAAAUGUAGAUCUUGUAAAGGAUAUUCCACUAUCCACAGUCUCUCGGCGAAGUUCUCAGGGGUCACCACUGAGGAAGUCUGCUAGCGUAGGCAACUGGAUAUUUGAUUCCAAACAAAUGCCCCAAAGCCAGCCACCCAAAGAAAUCGGCAAUAGUAAUGGAUUUGCCUCAGUUCUGAUGCCUCACCUUCAAAAUCUCUUCCAACAAACAUCAAUUCAGCAGGAUCUUAUCGUGAAUUUAUUAAGUAGCUUGCAAAUAGCUGAGGUUGAAAAUGCUCCUCAAAAUGGGAAACUGCCUCCUUUACCUCGUGGUUCAGACACUAAUGGCAGUGUUGAAUCUAUUGUUUCUGAAAGGGAAAGGAUGCUGCUUAUGACGAUAUCUGAACUCCAAGCUAGGAUGAAUAGCUUGACGGAUGAAUUAACUUCGGAAAAGCUCAAAUACAUGCAAUUACAACAAAGACUAAAUGCAGUGCCAACACCUGAAGAGGAUGAAGAUAGAAGGGGAGGAGAUUCAUGAUUUCGGGUAUAUAUGUCAAAUGUUUUUGUUCAUCCAUCACACCUUGAGAGUUCAGGGUGAAAAUGUAGAAACAAAUGCAAGAUGUUGUUGGUUAUAGCUGGAAUGAUGGGUUGUAUGUUGAAUAAGAGGGUUAAAAAACAUUCCAGCACCUUGUUUGAGGAUUAAAAGAGAAUAAUGAAAAGGUAAUGAGUUGAGUUGAUUCAUUUGGUUGGUGGGAAUGGAAAGUAGGUGGUGUUGUGUUGUGUUGGUAACCCCUCAAGCCAAUGUGUAUUAUUUGAGAUUAGAUGAAAAAACCAGAGUCGCAUUCAAUGUAAUGCCGAAUGGUAACUGUAAUUCUGUGAAUAUAUAAUCUGUAAUAUUAUGUGCUGGUAUAUACAGAGCCAUUUCUUGAUAUAGAUGAAUAUAAAUACUUUGUUUUUCAUGCACCA